UGUCUGGCUGGCGUGUCGCCUGCACAAAACAGGCUCUCAACCACCUUGCGCAACCCGCUUCUUUCACCCAACGACCUCGCUCUGAUCCGCCAUCCUCCAUCGCACCUCCGAGUACGAUUUCCAUCGCUCUGCAUCAGCGCUCCUAAUAUCCCGCGAAAUCACACAGCUCGCGAUCGCUUCGUGUUUGUCAGAAUCUUUCCCGCUCGCAACACCGACCGCACCGCGACCGAUUGCCCAACAUGUCUGAGCCGUAUGACCGGCCGUACGACCCCUACAUUCCCAGCGGGCAGGGGGCUCAGGGAGGCCAAAAUGAUAGGACAAGGAAAAUCCAGGAGCAAAUCGACGACACCGUUGGCGUCAUGCGUGAAAACCUCAACAAAGUUGCGGACCGUGGCGCUCGUCUGGAUCAUCUGCAAGACAAGACGGACAACCUGGCGCAGUCUGCACAGAGCUUCCGUCGCGGCGCCAACCAGGUUCGGAAGAAGAUGUGGUGGAAGGAUAUGAAAAUGCGUAUUUGGCUGAUUAUUGGCAUUAUCGUCCUCCUCGCUAUCAUCAUCAUCCCAUCAGUGCUUGCUACGAGAAAGUAAUCCAGCAUAC